AUGUUCAAAAUCAAACCGAAAUACCUUUACAAGUUGAUUGCUUCGUCGAAGAGGCUACUCCCUGUUAAAAUUACGAUUAAUGAUCUUUCCUGUGAUCAUCUUACCCCCACCCUUCCUUUGAGCAAUGUGGACACUCACUUCAUCCAUCUAUCGACCGCGGCCCAGGUUUACAGAACUCUCAUCAAAUAUUUUGAUGCAGAGGAUUUGGUUUUCGUCGCGAGGCUCGACUAUGCCGCAGUUGAGAAACACAUUAAUUGGGAAUCCCCCAAUGGGAGCGAAACCCUUCAAAUGGGGGCCGAUGGAGUUUAUGCGCAUUUGCGCCCUACAGAGCUGUGGGGAAAGGACGUGAUUGAGAAUCUUUUCUAUUUCAAGAAAGAUACAGACAAGACCUGGGAAGAACAGGUGAAGUUGAUUUGGAGGCCUGUGUGGUUGAUCGAUUGA